AUGCGAAAAGGAGAUAUGGUUCAUCCGCCAUGGGAGGAACUUCCUCAUGACAUAUGGGGUUUUAUCUUUCAGCGUCUCCCAUUAGUGGAUCGUGUUCACGCUAGCGUCGUAUGCAAACAAUGGAGUUCAGCCCUAAAGCAAACUCCUCGACCCGCUUGGAUUUUACUGCACCUUGACGACGAUACUCAAUAUUGCCAUCACAUGAUUAUGAGCUACUUUGACUUUGGUGAAGGCGCGAUUAAAUAUCUGAAUCUCCCUGAGUCAAUACCAAAGGGGGCUGCCACCGGGGCUUCCAGAGGUUGGCUUAGAGUACGUACGGAGGACACGACAACUGAUAAUCCGCAAAUUUAUCUGCUUGAUCCAAUUUCAGGGGUUCAACUUCCACUUCCUCCCAUGUCAACUAUACGAUCAGCUUCGGAAGACACAAACAUCAUCUUUCCUAAAAUUGAAAUAUCUUCCCAGGAUGCAUCCCAAUCCGUGGUUGCAGCAGUCUUCGAUGACGGUAAGAGUUUGGCAUUGUGCAAUCCGAAGGAUAAGAGGUGGACGGUAUUUGAAGGGUUGGACAUUGCUGAUAAUUAUAGUUACACAUGUAUUACAUUCUGCAAUGGAAUACUAUAUGCCUUAAUUAUAAUUGAAAACGAUGCGACCAUUCUUCAAACUCGAACUCAUUCCAUAAAAUUAGCAGGUGGUGAUCGUCAUGUUAUUUUGAAACUAAUUCCUUUUUCAAAGUCGGAGAUCAGUUCCCCAAUCUUUCUCGAAUGUCCUCUCGGAAAGCUAGAUUCCUUCGGCAACAAUUGGGCGGCUAUACCAUAUUUGGUGGAUUCCAACAACGAGUUAUUGCUAGUUGUUAAAAUAUUAGAUGACAAGGUUGACGAGGGCGACCAAGAGGACGAGCCUCAAAUUCCAUACUAUCGGGUUGCAACAUUCCGAGCAUUCAAGGUUGAAGCAAGUGACACAGUAUGUCUAAAGAGGUUAAGCAGCUUAGAGGACCAAACGUUGUUCAUCGAUGGAACGGAUAUAGUAUCCCUUCCAUGUGAAAGUUUCAGUAAUCAUUGCAUCUACUUUCUGGAAGAGUCAUCUGUUUAUGCAGACGAAAGUAGGAAAGUAACUACUUAUCCCCAAUCUGGUGUUUUCUACCUUAACGAUGGAAGGAUUGAACAUUCGUUUCCAUGUGGGGAUAUUACAAGGCGGCGUAAUUUCAGCUGGUUCUUUCCAAAUAUUAAGAUUGGAGGCUUCAACUAG